GCAGGUUUGUCACCUCCAGAGUGAAUCAGAACCAUGUCCUACGUUUUUGUAAACGACUCUUCUCAGACAAAUGUGCCGCUGCUGCAGGCUUGCAUCGAUGGAGAUUUUAACUAUUCCAAACGACUCUUAGAGAGCGGUUUCGACCCAAAUAUUCGUGACAGCCGAGGCCGAACUGGCCUUCACCUUGCUGCAGCCAGAGGAAAUGUAGACAUCUGUCAACUCUUGCAUAAAUUUGGUGCUGACCUCUUAGCCACUGAUUACCAAGGUAACACAGCCCUUCACCUGUGUGGGCAUGUGGAUACCAUCCAGUUCCUAGUUUCUAAUGGACUUAAAAUUGAUAUUUGCAAUCACCAAGGUGCAACACCGCUUGUUCUUGCAAAACGAAGGGGUGUGAAUAAAGAUGUGAUUAGACUGCUGGAAUCUUUAGAGGAGCAAGAGGUGAAAGGAUUUAACAGAGGAGCUCACUCAAAGCUGGAAACAAUGCAGACUGCUGAAAGUGAAAGUGCAAUGGAAAGCCAUUCCCUCCUUAAUCCAAACCUGCAGCAAGGUGAAGGAGUUCUUUCCAGUUUCCGCACGACAUGGCAAGAGUUUGUGGAAGACCUGGGCUUCUGGAGGGUGCUGCUCCUCAUCAUUGUCAUUGCUCUCCUCUCGCUGGGAAUAGCGUACUACGUCAGCGGGGUGCUUCCGUUUGUAGAAAACCAGCCUGAACUAGUGCACUGAAGCAAAUGUGAAAAAAAAAAUAAAAUCUCCAAACCCCACCGUGCUUCUUUUCCUUGUUCUAAUCUUAUUUUGAGCUUCUUGAAAUUAUUCUCUUGGUGCAGGCAGUGGCAGCUGUAUAUACUGUUUGCCUUUUGUACUUACUAUUAACCCCUUUGAAAGAGAGGUUAACUCAUUUCAAUUAAAACACUAAAUUCUAAAGCAUUCCUAAGCUACCUCUGACUUAUCUUGACUUGCAAGCAAGAUGUGAAGAUAAUCCUCUGUUGUUAAAAUAUUAUGAUUAGAAACAGUGUUUCAUAAUUAAUAUUAAAUUCCUG